UUCGCUCCUCUCCUCUCCUCUACGGGUGUAUUUCAGCGUCAGUGAGUGCGAGAGUGCUACUGGUAUCCGGCGUGAGUUCUGUACAUGAUCAGUGGUGAGAUUGAGAGGCACAGUACUUCCAACGUCCGAUUCGGGAGCCUCCGGCGCGGCCUCGAGACGCUUGCUUGCAUGCCUGCCCGGGGGAAGGAAGAGAUGGCCUCGCUGCAUUAUUCCGGCAGCACUGCUGGUGGGGUUGACUCAGACCAGGUCCGGCAUUGUUAUCUUUUGGUAGAAGCAAAUGGCUCUACCCGGACACUAAUUUUGAACAGGCCAAAGCAGCUUAAUGCACUUUCCUCCACAAUGAUUAAGGAACUCCUGAGGAGUUUCAUUGCUUACCAAAAAGACGAUGGAGUUAAACUGUUGAUUAUGAAGGGGAAAGGGAGAGCAUUUUGCGCUGGAGGUGAUAUUGUUGUAUACUCCCAGGCUAUACUUGAUGUUGGCUGGAAAUGGGGUGCUGAUUUAUUCGAAAAUCUGUAUUUCCUAAAUUAUAUAAUUGCAACUAGUAUCAAACCUCAGGUUUCUCUUCUAACUGGAAUUGUCAUGGGUGGAGGUGCUGGUAUUUCUUUAAAUGGAAGAUUCAGAGUUGUCACUGAUAAGACGGUUUUUGCAAUGCCCGAAACAGCUCUGGGUUUCUUUCCGGAUGUCUCAUAUUUUCUAUCUAGGCUACCUGGGUUCUAUGGAGAGUAUGUUGCUCUUGCUGGUGCAAGACUGGACGGCGAAGAAAUGCUUGCAUGUGGUCUGGCUACUCAUUUUGUCAGGUCAAAUAGGCUGCCAUUGCUGGAAGAAUCGCUUAAAAAGGUGGAUACUUCCAAUACUUUUGUUGUUUGUGGUAUUAUCGAUCAAUUUUCCGAACAUCCAUCACUGAAAGAGAACAGCUCUUUGAAGAGGUUGGAAAUCAUCAACAAAUGUUUUUCCAAAAGGACAAUUGAAGAAAUUAUAUCUGCUCUUGAGCAAGUGGCCUCAAAUUUGUCUGAUGAAUGGGUUACUGCAACAAUCCAGUCCUUGAAAAAGGCUUCUCCUACUAGUCUGAAAAUCACCCUAAGAUCGAUAAGAGAAGGGAGAACACAAUCUGUUGGGGAUUGCUUACGUCGGGAGUAUAGAAUGGUUUGCCAUGUCGUCCGUGGUGACUUCAGCAGAGACUUAUUUGAAGGAUGUCGAGCUAUAAUGAUAGAGAAAGAUAAAAACCCAAAGUGGAUGCCUCCAAGUUUGGACCAAGUGCAUGAGGAGGCAGUUGAACAAUAUUUCUCCAAAAUUGAUGAUCCACAAUGGGAAGAAUUGAACCUACCUUCCAGACAUUCGCAUGGAAGAAAUAUCGAGUCCAAACUUUGAUUGAAGUCUUGGGCAAACGAGUUGAACAGAGCCUCGAUGGUGGCCGAAACAACACAUCAUUUCAAGUUUGGAGAGUCUCUGCAAACUACCGAUGAAAUAAAAGUAAAUAUGCCGUAUAGGUCACCUUUUAUCACAGUAGAAACUCUGUGUUGUUUAUUCGUGAAGUUGUGCCCAUUUUACAAUAAUUAUAGCCGGCUUGUCGCUGCUAUGAUCUCUUUUGUUUUGGUGACAGCACAUGACCUUUGUAUUGUCAUUCUAGUGUGGUCGUUCUAUCUUCAGAGUUCAGUUCAGACGCACUACCACUAACUCGUCGCCGGGUGAGGGGAUGAUCACCGUUAUGCUGCAGAUAUAUUUUGGACGGAGCAGUCGUCUGGGCUUUGGAACAUAGACAUGUGGGCUGCCCCAAUUCUAUAUAUCUUCUGAAAGAUUUUUUCUUA